UUCACUUUGAUCCCACGCAUUUAAACCCGACGACACGACCGGUGUGUGUGUCACAGCCGGAUAUCUUCUCCGAUAUACGCGCGCCGCGUCAACCCUCCCGCGAAAGGGAGCCAGCCGGCGGUCAUCCGCAACGCAUGAGGGGGAAGCACGCCACGGUCUUUCCACUCCCUCGCGCUCCGAUAGUGACAGAAACCGAAGAGAGGAGGGCAAAUUUUUUUCUCUCACCCUCUGUCUCUCUCUUUCUCUCUUUCUGAGGGAAGAGGCAAUCCGCACCGGCGAUCGUCGUCGUCGUCGUGCCGUUAUCGAGGGAAACCGGCGUGACGCUGGGAGGUACGGAACGGUAUACUCAUUCGCCUCUGCACGGUGAAAUUAGCGCGGAAAGUGCCUGCACGCUCCGUUUCGUCCCGCGAAGACGGAGAGGAAAGAAGAACGGAGGAAGGAGAACAGGAAGCGGAACGCAAUCUCUCGGGGAGACUCGCGACGAACUUGGAGCGACAGCCUGAGGACAGACCCUCUCUCGUCUUUUUCGUGCGACACGAGAUAACCCUCUCGAGUUCGUUUUCAUAGUCGCGGGCCCGGGGGAGGGGAACCGCCUCCGAUCUCCCGGUGAUUAUUCUCGAGUGGCUCGUCUGGAGACUCUUCCCCGCGGGACAGGCGAAGGUUAAUAAGUUGUGCUGUGACUCUUGUGACAGCUGCAGAAACAACCCUCCGCGGAGAAUGGAGCCGACGAGGAUCCUGCUGUUGAUCGUCCUUCUGGGUGCCGUCAACUGUCAGAACGGCACCAUAAUCACGAGCGAGGUCCUUCAAGAUUACGACCCCAAGUUCAUGGUGGGCUGUUACUUUCCUGCGGAAUUCCAGGGCGAGUUCGUGACGCAGGUGAGCGGAAAGGGCGCCGGCGGCAUGGCGAACGAGCCCAUUCAGUAUUCCACCAUUAACAUCACCUUCAACGCGAUACCGGUGUGGGGCUUCUGCCACAAGAGGGUCGGCGAUAAUGUGCUGCUAAUUGACAGGAACAACGACAAAGAUUGCAUACGGUGUUUCCGGCUGCUGCGGAGAUCGCGGAACGUCAUCGAGGUGUUCUCGGAAGCUCUCAACAGGUGUUACAUAUACGAGUCGGCCGCUUUGGCCUCCUGCGGCACACUGAACUCCACCUCAAUCCUGUACCGAUCAAAAGAAAUUGGCGGUUCACCGAUUCGGAAUGAAUACUGCCCUAUCGUCGGUCUUUAUCACUUCAAAUACAGCAUCAACAAUAACUCCGCGAUCUCGUUUGAGUGCAGCACGUUCUCCUCAGAGUUCAAUAAUUGUGGAACGGAUGGAUCGGUGUUACAUUUAAAAUUCAAACGAUGUAACUUCGAGGCGCGCGAUAUCUCUUACAAGUGUUUGGGCAGUUGGGAUGGACCGAAUAAUUCUAGAUAUUUUGCUCUUUGGAACAGCAACGCCGACGAUGGCAGCCCUCAAUAUAGAUGCGGGCUAUACCACAUUGAUAACAAAAGGGGGAAAACUUACAUGGCAUUUAGCAGUGACUCGAGCUGCACGCAGAACUUAGAUAAUUCAACUAAUGGAUACGAGACUUUGGUUUUGAGCAAGAGCCUAAAUCAAAAAACGGUGCCGGAAUACGUGAGGACUCAUGUUGCCACAUUCCCGAAAUGGGCGCAGGGAUUGUGGGAGGAGUCCCUGAUAGUUAAUGGAACAAUGACUUUCACCGAUCUCAAUGGCUACAAUAGUUACACAUUUAUCACAGUGGAAUCGAAUGAGGAGACUGGCCGUUAUGUCGUGUACUCCAAGGAUCAAUGUGAGCAUGCCGCUUUUGUGUGCUUAAUGAUGAGGCAGCGCAGCGAAAACGUACUGGAAUUUACGUUAGCGCUAUCGGGCGGCACAGGGAUGAUCCUUAAUCCAGCGGCGAAUCAGAACGAAGUGUGCGAAGAUCCCAAUAUGGAUAACGCGGUGUGGAUGACUCAAGCACGUAUCGAACGUGUGGUGGAGUCGCCCUGUCCCAUUACGGGUCAAUACACAGGAGAGAUAACAGAUUUAUCGGGAAUGUGUGCCGAAUUAAGCAGCAACUGUAACACUCGCGAAAUAAUGUAUUAUAAAGUGAGCGACUGCGAGUCCGGGGAGUUGUACGAAGAACGAACGUAUCUGUGCUUGGGACAGUGGGAGGAGAAAGGUGUGAUGUAUACCUAUACUAUGAGAAAUGACACUGCCACGAAUGAGUGCUUCGUGGGUUUGAUCGUCAAUGACGAGGAGAUAUACAUUAAAGAAGCCGGCGAUCACUGCAUACGAAAUAUAGAUCCCAAGACGCAGGGAAUGCGUCUUUAUAAAAAGGGACAAUGUUACGGGAAUUCGCCGAGUCCUGCGCCAACUCCGAUGAAACCGAUUCCUCUCAAUCCUAUAAUGAGGAUUACGACGACCCCGCGAUCGAGGCUAUCGGAGACUACUCGAGUACCAGGAAAUGCAGUUUCUGCAUCAGCUCUCUGCAGGUCGACAACGCCCACGACAUUUAUGCUCCUCGUGCCUGUGAUCGUCGCGUUUUUCAAGAUAGCUUCCCCGUAUUCGCUCGAAUAAUGACACCCUUUUUACAAACGUAAUAGUGAGCUAGUUAAUGAUUGAUACCUUAAUUAAUGUACAUAUACUGCAUUUUUGUUAUCCUUGUUUAAGUGACAAUCGAGACGUAAAUAAGCCAGUUAUUUAUUGUGAAGACCGAUGUGAAACGAUAUCGCAGAGAACGUAGCAGAUUUGUAUAUCAUAUUUUUUCACCUCGCGCAUCAUCACUCCGCCCACGUCGCGUUUUGCGAAAAUUUAAAAAGAGAAGAAUUUCGUAGACUAAAUACGAAAUCGAAAACUUCGAUCUGCUCCAUCGAGCGAGUUGACGAACGCACAGGAAUUUUUAUAAAUCGAGAAAAUUUCAUGACUCAGAUAUUUUUUAUCGAUAUUUAAGACUCGUGACGGUACGUAAAAUAUAAAGCUGCAAUUAUAUAAUAUGAACUCUUCGCCGACGAUGAAGUUGUGAUCGAUCCCUAUAUUGCGAGUUAUUACUAUAAUUUAUUUAACUGAUUUCAAUAGAGAUAGACCGCAAACUGUUAGGUCUCAAUAAUCGUGUUUGGGCACUGCCUUGUAAGAUAUAACAGACAUUUCCGCCGUGACUGUCCACGAAAACCCAAAGAGCCACUGUCUACGUGCAAAUAAAUGAUAGUUUUUUUUACGAAAUAAACAUCACAGAAAUAUAAAGAUAUAUAGAAGGGAUUGACGGUAACUUUUUUUAAUAAAUUUUGUGAUAAAUUUAGUUUAUUUUAAAUAUUGCAAAGAUGAAAUUUUACAGUGACUGAUAUCAAACUCUUUUUUUAAAUCAAACAAGACCUCCAGACGUCCCUUAUACUAUUUAGAGUAGUUAAUACGGUGAUAUAAUUAUUUUAUAUAAUUUUAUAUAAUAAUACAAGUAAAAUAUUUCUUAAAUGUCCGUAGAGCAGAAAACGCGCCAUAAUGAAAAAA